AUUAUUGGGGUUCUCCGUGUACAGAGGGUCCCAGUUUAGACACCCUCAGUGCGGAAAGAGAGUAGGUUUAGAAGCCGAGGUGGAGACGGCGGAAGUAUAUCCCUGUGAGGCGGUCAGAUUUUCGCGCCUUUUUGCUGUAGCGGGGGGCGGGGAUAGGAGAAGCAGGCAAAGGAGAGAGCGGAGGUUAUUACUUGGUUAUACCGGGGAAAUGCAGCGAGAUGAGACGGAUACCGAGGCCUCUAACUCAUCGGACGGGGGCCCGGGUGAGGCGGUGCAGGAGCAGCUGGACACUCUGUGCCAGGAACUCAACUUGGAUGAGGAGACUGCUGCCGAAACUAUCCGGGACUUUACCCGGACAUGGAGCACCUACAGUCUGGAGGGAGAAGUGAAGCAUUGGCUAGCAUGUGCCUUGUAUGCAGCAUGUCGAAAAAGCAUCAUACCAACAGUUGGAAAAGGAAUAAUGGAGGGGAAUGGCGUGUCGCUGACACGCAUUCUGCGCUCUGCAAAACUAAGCUUGAUUCAGUUCUUCAAUAAAAUGAAGAAGUGGAUAGAUAUGUCCAACCUUCCGCAGGAGUUCCGAGAGCGAGUGGAGCGUUUGGAAAGGAACUUUGAAGUGGCCACGGUUAUAUUUAAGAAAUUUGAACCAAUCUUUAGGGAGAUAUUUCAAAAUCCUCACGACGAGCAACCAAGAUUACCAAGGAGCAGAAAGCAAAGGAGGCUGCAGUGUAGUGUUAAAGAUCUCUUCAGUUUCUGCUGGACAUUAUUUGUUUACUCCAAGGGAGGAUCUGAAGGCCAGCGUAGUGUAGUGGUAAAAGACCAGGCAGAGGGUAAUUUCUGCUUGAUUGGAGAUGAUUUGGUUAAUUCUUAUCACUUACUUUUGUGCUGCUUGGAUCUUAUUUAUGCACACGUGCUACAGUGCCCUAAUAAAGAAGAUCUGCUAAAUCCUUCCUUUACAGCAAAGCUUCCCGCCCUUGAUUCCAGCUCAGAGGAUACCCCGUGCAUCAUUGGAGCACUGUGUGAGCUAUACGAUGGAAUAUCUGUUGAAGCCAAGGGGAUAAAAGAACAUUACUUCAAACCAUACAUAGCGAAACUUCAUGAUAAAAAGAUUUUGAAAGGAGCCUGUCUUUUGGAUGUCUCUUGUUUCACAGAUAACAAUAAAUCCUUGAAUAAAGAGUAUGAAGAGUAUGUCCUUACUAAGGGAGACUUUGACGAGCGGGUGUUUCUGGGUGUAGAUGCAGACGAGGAGAUUGGAAGUCCCAGAAAAUUUGUUGAAUUUCCUAUAGGAAACUGCACUCCACGGAAACAAAUGGAGUGCAACCUGCAGCAACAUUUUGAAAAGAAAAGGUCUUUUGCUCCAUCUACUCCUCUGACUGGUAGGGGUUACCUGAAGGAGGAGCAAACUGUAAUCACACCUGUUUCGUCAGCAACACAAUGUGUUAGUAGGUUACAGAGCAUGGUGGCAGGACUCAGAAAUGCUCCAAGUGAGCAGCUAAUCGAAGUUUUCAAGUCAUGUGUUAGAAACCCAAUAGAGAAUGUAUUGAAUAUAGUCCGAGAUAUCGGACUUCGAUUCGUCGAUCACUAUACACAAUCCACAGAAGACCAACCUGGGUCUCAUAUUGAUUUUGCAGUCAAUCGGUGGAAACUGGCUGAAAUUUUGUACUUUAAAGUACUAGAGACCAUAGUUGUCCAGGAAAGCAGGAGACUUCAUGGGAAAGAUUUGACGGCUCUAUUAGAGCAAGACAUCUUUCAUCAGUCACUUAUUGCCUGCUGUUUGGAAAUUGUCCUAUUUGCUUACAGUUCUCCCAAGACCUUCCCCUGGACCAUUGAAGUACUUAAACUGAGUGCUUUCUACUUCUACAAGGUAAUAGAAGUGUUUAUUCGCUCUGAAGAUGGGCUGUCACGGGAUAUGGUAAAACACCUCAAUACCAUUGAAGAACAAAUCUUGGAGAGCCGUGCCUGGACCAGUGAUUCUGUUCUCUGGGUUCAUCUUGAUGCUGUUGAUGAUGUGCCAACCUGUGAAGAGGUAAUAAUACCCAGCAACUUUGAAACUGGAAAUGAGGCUUUGGUGGGCCACUUGCCCAUGAUACCUGCAUCUCCCAUUGUUCAUCCUCGUGUGAAAGACCUGGGGGGAUCAUAUAGGCGAGACUGCCAGCCACUCUCGCCGAUUUCUGUUCAUGACCGUUACAGUUCACCAGCUGCUGGUAGUGCCAAGAGGAGGCUCUUUGGAGAUGACUGCCCAAGGGAACCAGCUGCUGAUAAAAUAACCACACCUGAUAUCACCCGCAUAAGGAUUGCAAUAAGCCCAUCUCCUGUUAAAACUGUCCAUCCUAUCGGACAUGCAGUUGCCAUACCUGUACAAGGCGUGGCACUUGAAACUGGCAAGAGCCUUUCUGUUACGAUGAAAACGUCUCCAUCGCAAAGUGAAAAUUCUGUUCCAGUGCCUUUAACUGCACAAGCCCUGAUCAGCCCGCUUACGAAGCAUCAGUUGGGUAGAAAUCUGGAAACCUGUCCCACAUCAGCACGCAAGCCCAAGAAAACGGGCUCUCUGGCUUUGUUCUUCAGAAAGAUGUAUCACUUAGCUAGUGUCCGUCUCCGUGACUUGUGCCUAAAGCUGGAUGUGUCCAAUGAUUUGCGGCGGAAGAUCUGGACUCUGUUUGUGUACUCGCUUGUCCAUUGCACAGACCUAAUGAAAGACAGACACUUGGAUCAGCUCCUCCUCUGUGCUGUGUACAUAAUGGCCAAGAUCAGUAAAGAAGAGAGACUGUUUCACGACAUCAUGAAAUGUUACAGAAACCAGCCCCAGGCAAAUAGCCACGUUUAUAGAAGUGUGUUAUUGAAGAGGUUACCUCAAGCAAGUGAAGAUGAAACCAGCACAAGUCAGGAUGUAGAGAUGACUGCAAGCAAUUCCAAUGACUCUCAUCCAACCCCCAGUGGUUUUAGUGGCAGCCCCUGUGGCCAGGCAGAGCGAGGAGAUCUCAUAACGUUUUACAACAAUGUCUAUGUAGAACGUGUGAGAUUAUUUGCACUAAAGUUUUCCAGCAGCACUCAAGACCAUCUGGUGGAUGCACCUCCUCUUUCCCCAUUUCCCAGCAUCAAGCAACAAGCUAUUUCUCCCCGCAGAGUAUCCCAGCAACAUUCUAUUUAUGUGUCUCCCCAUAAGAACAGUGGCAACCUGACUCCCCACACAGCCCUCCUGUACAAGUUUAAUGGAAGCCCUUCAAAAAGCUUGCAGGACAUAAACAGCAUGCUCAAACAGGAACAGAGGAGUCGGAAGCGAAUCAUUGCUAUAGACAGCGACACAGAGUCUCCAGCAAAGAGGCUUUGCCAGGAAAAUGACGAUGCUCUGCUGAAACGCCUGCAGGAUGUUGUGAGCGAGAGGGCCAACCAUUAGGUGGAUUCUGCCCAUUGCUGUUCAUUGGUUUAGGCCCCUUGAAAAGUUAAAUUUAGUUCUGUUUUAUAUGAAUCAGUCCCAGUAGCCUUUGAGCUUGACCCCCAAAUUCAAUUAGGUGUUGAUGAAGACUCUGCUUGCACAUAUGAAACUAUGUACUAGCACUGUCUGCAAUCUCACUUACCCAGAUGGGUAAUGUCCCUGCAGUUGGCUGCCAGGCUCUUUGGUGGAAAACUUCUCAGCUACAGUCAGUCACGUGACAACUGCACUGCUGUUUCCAUGGAUUUACUCCGUUUUAUCAGUUUCUACUCAGCAUGAUAUUUUUAACUAUUGUGAUAAAGCAAAGCACAUCAUUCUUCAGCCUUGUCCCUAUUGUGUGUUUGUCAGGGUUCUGGGCUGUAACUACACUGCCAGUGAAGGCGCCCCCUAAAGGACUGGAUUUUAUUAUUUCCUGCAGUAGUGUUUUGUUUUUUAGAUUUCUUGUUAAAAGCAAUGCUUUGUGCAAGUACUUUUUUUGUUUUUAAUUUGUAAACACUAUUUUUCUGGGGGACACAGGAGACCAGUGGGGUUAAGCUCAAUCCUCCAGGAGGCAGGGCAUUUGAUUGACCGAAGAAAAUGUGGGGUGGUACCUGGAUGUUGUUUUUCAAGUGUCCUGUCCACAGGAGGUUGGAACUUGGGUCUCCAUCUGAAAGGAAGUCUUCAGUCUGCGAAUAGUGCUGACCCCAGGGUCUAGGCAUGGAGCAGGGGUCCCUGCCUCCUAAAUUUUAACCUCCAGGAUCGGUAUAAUCAGUCAGGCCACCCAGACCACCACCUGUUCUAACUGCGGUGUGCUGGUUUUCUGGUCAGGUAUUUCUGUCCUAAUGUAAGUACAGUCUAAAACUGGCACGACUCUCUACCCCCCCCCCCAUUUGUUUUGCUGUCACCCUGUGGGUUGAAGUUCAACCAAGAUUUGACCGACUUUAAAAAAAUCUUGCUGGUCAAUUAUUUUAGCGCUAUAUUUCUAUUCAUUGUACCGACUUCAUUGAAAAGGAGUAUAAAAGUUUUGCAGUGCCUUUUCUGUGCCGUUUUUUAACCUGCUCUAGGUGCCUCCGUUCUGAUGCCUUUUACGUAACCUAAAAUGAGUUGCCGUGCUAAAACACCUGUGUGAACCUUUGCUUUGCCUUUUUGAGCUUAAUGAAAUUGUGUAGCAUCUACACAUUUUAUGGUUUGCUAGCACCUUUUUUUAAAUCUUCCUGUACAGAACAUUGUAAUGUACAUUAUAAUGUCACUUCCAUUCAGAUGCACCUUGUCCAGAAUUUGUCCUGUUAUAGCUUCUAACAUGUACCCUUUAAUAUGGUUCACAGAGGAGGGGUGAAAUCUAUGUAGCCUCAGAUCCAGUGUAUUUCUUUCAACAUAUCUAUAGUGAAGAUUGGAGGGUAUAUUCCAUAAAUGUCUAUAUAAAAUGCCCAUGUUGUGUAAAUAUGUAAAAUAAAAUGUCCUCUACCUUA